AAAAAAAGUGGUUGAGGGAGAGAGGUCAUCCGUUUGCAGAAGCAGAGCAAAAACUUGAUUUUUAUGGUGCAUGGCAUCAAAUACGAAGACUCUCUUGAAUCUCGAGGAUCUGGCACUCCCUUCGUUUCAGGUUAUAGUGAUGACUGCAAACAUGGGAUGCUCUGAAUGCCGAAAGAGAGUCUCUCAAGUUAUAACUAAAAUAACUGGAGUGAGAGAAUUCAUAGUGGAUGUAAGCAAUAAACAAGUGAUUAUAAAGGCAGAUUUUGGGAUCCGUUGGGAUGUGAAGAAUGAUAUUUCCAAGACUUACAAGACAAAGGAUUGGCAUCCACAUGAAUUCUUCAAGUGUUUGGCUCCUAUAUGUGUCGGUAAACAAAUUUCAUUAUCUGAUUGAGCUGAACAUUGACAA